AUGGCUUUUAUUGUUAAAAGAUUUUCAUCAACAUUGCCUAAGACUCCUCAAAAUUGCAUUUUAGAUUGGCUUUUUGCUUCAGAAAAGCAGGGUCCAAGUUCAAUUAAGCUAAUUGACUCAGUUCCAGCUUUUAAGUCUGAGCUUGCAAAAUUCUCUGAAGGAGCAGUUUGGCAAUGGGGAGAUAUAUCCUUCCAUUUAUUCAGAAAAGAAGAGGUUUUGAGCUAUCGCGAAUUAAUUGCAGAAUGCUUUACUCACUAUUCAGCGUUUCAAAAAUAUAUUGAUUUCUCAUAUGAAGAAUGGCGGGACCAUGAGCUUCCAGAAUAUGAAGAACAAUCAGAUUUUUUAAAAUUUAGUGUUGCAGCAAAGAUUAAUGGAGAAUUAGCAGGGGUUCAAUUCAGCUCUUCCUGGGGAUCUAGAGUCCAUGAUCCUGUCUACACAAAGCCAAACUCUGAGUCAGUCUGAAAAAAAUUUGAUAAAUUUGAUAAGCUCUUAUAUGGCAGCAUCCCUUUUGAUUUUAGUUUGCCUGAUGAAAAAGGGAGGCAGCCUUUUGGAACUUUAAAUCCUAAUUCUCUUCUUUAUUGGUCAAAUGCUGGGGUCCUCCCAAAAUUCAAGGGAAAAAGCUUAUCUUAUGAUCUCAAAUACUUAUGUGCUUCACUUGGCUACUUGCAUGGCUUGAAAUAUGCUAUGUCAAUAAGCUUUGAUGCAAGGUCAUCGUUUAUCCAAAAAAUCGGAGGAGUUUCUUUUAAGCCAACCUACUUCAAGAAUUUCGAAAUAGAUGGAAUUCGUCAAUAUCCUGAUGCAGUUGAAGGAGAAGGAGUUGCAUGCUGCUUUUUAAGUUUAUCUUAA